UCGACGAAGGCGUCGUGUUGUCAGCUUGACGUCAGCAAGUUGCAUAUAAAUAUGGCUUUUACAGUAGCGAGGGAUGCGAAAAAUUUGAAGCCAAGACGGCGAAAUGUGAAGCCUUUCUUGUAGAAUGUCGUCAGUAAAAUGGCGGUAAUUAUGAUUUUACCUUUGAAAUUAUAUUAUUUUUUUAUAUGAAUUAAAAAGAAAAGUUUACCAGUUUACCUUGUCACAUUUGAUCUAUUUUUUCACAGGUUAUUUGCACGAAUUUGACCAUUUGACACCGUUGAUCCGAUAUUGUUGAUCCGAAAUCUAUAAUCCCGUUGAAAAUUGAUCCGGAUUUCGAUCGAUUAAGUAAACGAUGCAGAAAAAUCAACAUGGCUGCCGUGAGGACUCGUCAAUAUCUCUGUAAACUUCAAUUCUAAGGACACUACGUUUACUCUUUCUCGUGGUUUAAUUAUGACAUUAGAUAGUGAUCAUUCUUCUACAUUCCCGAGUUACCUAUAUGCUGUCCUUACUUGUGCAUUAGUCUUUUUAAUUUGGUCAUUGGGUCGACUUCAAGCUAGGAUAUUAUUCGACAAAGUACGAAGCCAAACAUAUUCUCAGACUAAUUCAAGCAAAAUAACGACAGAUGUAGAAUUCAGGCGACAAGAAAAGGUGGACGUCUGUACUUCUAUCUCGUGUAUCAGAUGCUCAAAGAGUGUAUACUCUGUUGAAAAACUGUUGACGAAAUGGAAGGAAAUCGAGCAAGCCUUUGAGCCGGAUGAAAACACACGGAAUAAAGUUAAAAAUGGAAUUCUGGACACUUCAAAAGUGUCUAAGAAGUAUAGGAGCAGUCAACAAGAGCCAACGUUGUUUUAUUUGGAAGGAUUGCCAAGUCGGAGUUGGUACAAUAAACAGGAUUAUUCAACUGAAGUCUCUAUUUUAGAAAAAAAGUGCACUUUGGGUAUUUUUGAAGAGGAAUUUAUGAAAGUCUAUGAAAAUUUAGACAAAGGUUGGGUGUCAAACAAAGUUCCCUCAGGAGAAUGGCAUUUAUUUUAUUUUAUAAACCAAGGCGUCAAAGAUUACAGAAAUUGUUUGCAAUGUCCAAAGGUUGUUGAAACAAUUGAAGGGCUUGAAUCAGCCAUGUUGGAUUGUGCAUUUGGGAAUGUAAUGUAUUCUGUACUGUUACCAGGCACAAGCAUUGGUCGCCAUUGUGGACCAACAAAUGCCCGUAUCCGAUGCCAUGUGCCACUAAUAGCACCAAAAGGAUAUUUUAUCUCUGUUGCAGGGGAACAGCGAACAUGGAAGAAAGGAGAUAUUUUAAUUUUUGAUGAUUCUUUUUACCAUGAGGUUUAUUGUCAUGCUGGUCUGAACGAACCAAGAGUUGUGCUUAUGAUUGAUUUGUGGCAUCCAUCUUUGUUAUUGAAAGAACGAGAAAUGAUUAGGAAGCUGUUCUCUCCACAACUCACUUAAGUUUGGAUUAAUGUUAGGAUUACAACUCUGAUUAGGUUAUGGCAGAUUAGGGUUGUCUAAUCUAAUUCAAAAUCCUCUACAAUCCUAAAUCUAAUUCAGUCUAGUGGGAACAUGGUGGAGAAAACAUUUAGUUUACUGUGUAGCUUGUUGGACACAUUGUUAUUUUCUUUCACUAUUUAAAAAUCCACCCUGAUUGCUCAUCGCUGUUCUCUUUGAUUUCAAGCAUGCAUAUAAUGUUGUAUAAUUUUCACCUAAUCACUUAUCACUGAUAGUGUAAAUUUUUUUGGGGGGGGGGUUGAAUUACAUCCUGAUUCAUUUGUCUUAAGGAAUCUAUCACUCCAGAAAUGUGUAGGAAAUGGUAAAAAAUGCGUAAACAUAACAUGGACAUAGAUAGCUUUAUUAUUAUUAUUAUUAUUAUUAUACAUAAAACAUACUCCCAAUAGGACUUUUCAGUAUGUACUAACAAGGCUAAAAAUAGGUAUAUUUCUAUCUACAAUUACGUUAUUGACUAUGCUAUGUUUAUAAAAUAUGUUUACAAUUAAGAGAAAUCCUAGUUGUAUAGUUAUACUAAGAUUUUAAUACUUUAACUAAGAUAGGUUUCCGUUAACGUUAUUUGUUAACAUAUUUUUCUUUAAGUGCUUCUUAAAUGUUUUAAAAGGUAGUUUUUUAAAAUCUUUAUCUAGAAUGUUCCAGAUUUUUAUUGCUCUAUAGCGAAAACUUCUUUGACCUGAUGUUGUUUUGCAUGGGGGGAUGUCAAGGUCGUCUUUAUUCCGGGUGUUCUUGUUGUGAACUGCAUUUCGUUUUGAAAACUGGUCGCAUAAGUACGGCGGUGCAAGUUCGUUCAUGCAUUUAUAAGCCAUUAGUGUAUCUCUGUACUGUAAAUGUUCCUUGACUGGGAGCCAACCGAUCGCCUGUAGUACUGGUGUUAUGUGGUCGUAUUUCCUUGUAUUUGUUAUAAUCCUACAAGCAAAAUUUUGUACUUUUUCGAGUUUUUUUAUGUUUGUUGCCGAUGUAUUCGACCACACCGUAGAGCAGUAAUACAAUCUGCUCAUCACUAGGGCAUUGACAAUCGUGUGGAGGGUUUCGCUAUCGAAGCUGUCCUUUACUCUAUUUAUUUGGUACAGUUUUGCCAUUGAAGAUGAUAUGACGUGUCGUAUAUGAUGAUCAUAACUUAAAUAACUGUCCAUGAAUAGCCCUAGGUCUUUGGCGUAAGAGGAAGGUGUGAUCUCUUUUCCUAGGAACGAGAUAACCAGUCCUUCAGUAAGGUUUCCGAUUAACUGUCGAGUGCCUAUUAGCAUUAAUUUUGUCUUUUCAGGGUUAAUUAACAGCUUAUUUGUGAAACACCAUGUUGCAAUCCUCUUAAGAUCCUCUUCUAUGUUACUUUUUGCAUCGAUUAUAUUCGUGAUUGGAAAGGACAUGAAUAUUUUCGAAUCAUCCACAAAUGAUUCUAACUUAGCUGUUUUUGGUGCUGUUGGAAGGUCGUUUAUAUAGAUGCAAAAUAACAGAGGUGACAAU